AUGCAGCGGCCAUACGAACGUCGGUACCUCCAUCCUAACAAUAUGCACGAGGCCUUCUACGGCGAUUUCGAAUACGUCGUCACGAAGAAGCAGCCGCCGCACAUAUGCUUCGGGACGGGGCUCGAUCGUGAUGUGCUGCCGACGCACGGUCCGUGUCUCAGCCCCUUUAUGAGGCGAACCGCGAAAGAAAUCCUUCCGAACCUGGGCCCGGGCACAUACGACGAGACGCGGGAUGCGUUUUACGAUGUAAAACACAAGGUGUACAGCAAACUGCACUACGGGCCCAAAGAACCGCGAUGGAAAACGAAACACGAGUACCAGCCACCGCCAAGGGAAUUGCCCGAGAAGAAACCCACACCUCAAUACUGCGCUCCAUUUAAUUCGAUCUCCAAAAGGAAACCGUUGUUCAAAGCUACGGACUACCCUGCGCCCUGCGAUUACUACCCCGAGCAGAACAAGAAGGAAUUAAAAUUCGAUUACAGCUUUUCUGGUAAGAAGGUACUUAAAUGUGCAGUUGAGAUUAAAUGCGUUCCUUACAAUCUCGAUGUGUGCGCUGUUUGUGGGUGUUCUUGUUCCGCCCAAGGUGACUAUUGGCAAUUCGAAAAUAGGAUCUUCCUCUGCAGAAAACAUUAUUCUAGAUUAUUCAAACACUGUUUAUCGAAAUUUCAAGGCGCAAAAUUGGCUGAAUUUAAGUCCAUUCGAGAUUGCUUUUUUGCACACGCGCAUAACAGUUGCAAGGCUGCAUUAAAAAUAAUGAAAAUAGAAGAAAUACAAAAAAAACUUAGAAAAGAAGCAUACUUGGAUCUUUAUUUUCCUCAACGACGCUACUGCUCCAAC